UGUUGCAUAAUCAUAAGGGAUAAGAGGAAGCCUCGAGUUGCAAAAUUUGCUGUCGUACUUCACAUUGUUCCCUGCAGCCACAUCAUGAGAACUUCAGCUUGUUCUGCCAGCAACAUUUGUGUUCCUGUUCUCUGUCUUUUGUUGCUAAUGAAGAAUAAAGUGGACUCAGUUGAUCUGUUGGCGCCAGAAGAAGUAAUGGCAGCACCCGGUGGAUUGGUGGAAAUCGCAUGUCAGUACGACCUUCAGUUCAAGGAAAGACCUAAAUACUGGUGCAAAGGAUCAAUUUAUGAACUGUGUAGAAUACUGGUGAGAACAACCAGGAAAACACAACAUGACAGAUGCUCUAUUACCGAUGAUCGGGAAGCAGGCGUCUUCACCGUAACUAUGACUUCACUCAUGGAAAGUGAUGAAGAUAAGUACUGGUGUGUAAUAUCCAGAUCUGGAAGAAACGUCUACAAAAGUGUCAGGCUUGUCAUCACUCAAACAGCUACAACAUCAACCACCACAAAAAGUAGCUUCUUGGCACAACAGGAAACAAGCCUGUGGGCAUCUCUACGGUGGUUUCUCUUUUUAGUGACAUUGGGGUGUUUGGCAAUGACACAUGUGGUUGUCUGGAGGAUGGAGGCUUCAAGAAACCCAGAAUCAGAAAUGACUGAUAUGUAAAUGAGCUGGUUUGUGGGUAAAUCAUAAGCACAGUCAUCUUCUGUGAUAUCAAGAACAAUGGAGCAGCUAAAGAAGACAUAGAGUAGACAUUCAUUUAGUGUGUGAACACAGGUUUUACAUAUUGGUUCAAAGACCAUAACAAUUGGGGAGACACAACACCAACAAUUGCUUUAAGCCCUGUCAGAGGCAUUUAUUACAAAAAACAAAAGUAAAGAAGGAUGUUGGUGACAACUCGGGUGUACCGGCCAGCGUAAGCCCAGGAGUCGCAGAUCAGGAGAGCCUCUUAACGGCAGGUGUGCUGGAAGUCCCUAUUCUAUCAUUUGGGAACAUCAAUAACUCCCACGUUCAUUCUACUAGGCCAUCUGCAGCAGCAGAGGGCUGUCACAGGAGGAAUAUGGGGUUCCAUUUGUGCCAAAAAUAUGUUUGUAUGGCAUUACCUCAUAGGGGUGAUAUCAAUCCAAUGGGAAAGAAUCUAUGUAGAUGUUACAUUUUUUAAUGUAGGUAUUUAAAUUGAUUAACCAUUUUAUUUUCGAAGCCUUAAAUAAACUUUGGUUAAUAUUC